CGACAUCACAUGGCGACCAUUGAAUCUAAUUUUCUGAACUCAUGGCUGACUGUGUCUGAAGCUUGCACUGUGUAGAGAAGUAAGCGAACAGCAAUGUAUCACAACAGUUCACAGAAAAAGUACUGGACAUUUAUCAGUGAAAAUGAACUUGUCAGGUUAAGAGUUCAAGCAAAUGAGAGAUUUCGUUCCAAACUACUAGCAACAGAACAGGUAGGGAUCAGUGAAUCAACAUUUUUACAGCCCCAAGAAGAGGCAGCAUUGUAUAAGCAUUAUGAAAAACGGCUUCUAGACUUUUGUGCUGUUUUUAAACCAGCCAUGCCCAAAUCAGUUGUGGGUACGGCAGGCAUGUAUUUUAGAAGAUUUUACUUGAAUAACUCAUUAAUGGAAUAUCAUCCAAGAAUAAUAAUGUUGACCUGUUGUUUUCUGGCCUGUAAAGUAGAUGAGUUCAAUGUUUCCAGCACUCAGUUUGUGGGAAACCUGAGAGAAAAUCCAUCCGAUCAAGACAAAGCACUGGAACAAAUCUUGGAAUACGAACUUCUGCUUAUUCAACAACUGAACUUUCAUCUUGUUGUCCAUAAUCCAUACAGACCAUUAGAAGGCUUACUUAUAGAUAUAAAGACCAGAUAUCCAGCAGUGGAAAAUCCAGAGAUGCUGAGAAAGUCGGCGGAAGACUUCCUCAAUCGAGCAACGAUGUCUGAUGCUGGUCUUUUAUUUUCACCAUCACAAAUUGCACUAACAUCCAUUUUGAAUAGUGCUGUAAGGGCAGGACUAAAUAUUGAAAGUUAUUUGACAGAAUGUUUGGGACUAAAGGAAGACAGGAACACGUAUACACAGAUUAUUGAGACAAUGAAAAGUAUUAAAAACCUGAUUAAAAAAUAUGAACCUGCUAAAACUGAAGAAGUAAAUCUCCUCAAGCAAAAGCUGGAAAAGAUCCAUAAUGAAUUUUCAAAAGUCCUAAAUCAAAAGCGAAGAAAAGGAUAUGAAGAAGAUGGACAUGUGACAAAAAAGGCAAAAACUGAAGAGGAGUGGACUGAUGAUGACGCUAUAGAUUCACUUUAAUUCUUUUGUUAUUUUGGAUAUUUGUUUCAAGAAUGAGAAUAAAUGAUUGACAGCUUUACAUGUUAUCAUUUAAUGAAUACUUAUUAUUAUGUGGUUAUUAUUUUAAAUAAAGUAUUUUUGUACUUAUGCAUUAAA